AUGUCCGCCGCCGCCGCCGCCGCCGUCGCGACUGCUGCCAGCGACUGGACCAUAGUCCGCCGCCGCGGCCGCCUCCGCGGCGGCGACCCACGCCCCGCCUCCCAGCCCGACGCCCCGACGCCGCUCCCCGUGAUCCCAAUCCCCUGGUCCCCCUACGAUUCCUCCCUCGACCCCGCCCGCGUCUCCCGCCUCGUGGCGCGCGCCCACGCCGCCAUCUCCCGCGUCGCCGCCUCCCGCCUCUACCGCAGCCUCCUCCUCCAGGCCUCGUCGCUCCGCCGCCGCCUCGGCCUCCUCGCCCCCGCCCGCCUCUCCCUCCUCGGCGUCGGCAGCUUCGAGUCCUCCCCCGCCGCGCGCCUCCAGCUCGCGCUCGCCGCCCUCCUCCGCCGCGACCUCCUCCCGGAGGCCGCCUCCGCGGACCUCUUCGACCCCGUCCUCUCCGCCGUCGAGUGCGCGGCCGCCGCGGCGCUCGGCUUCUCCGUCCCGAGCCUCGACGACGGGUGCCGCCGCCGCGCGGAGGAGCCCACGCUCUUCUACAUGCCCCACUGCGAGGCGUCGCUCUACGACGCGCUCCUCGCCGCCAACUGGGAUUCCCCCGCGCAGCUGCGCCGCGUCUGCGUGCUCGGCAACAGCUUCCGGCGGUACGCGCUCCAGGCCGAGGAGAACCGCUCGGGCCCCGCCGCCAAGGCCCCGCAUGUCCUCGCUGCAGAGCGGUUCGCGCGCGAGGAGCGGAUCGGCGACACGGGUGAUCUGGAUGACGACGAUUGGUUCGCCCACGCGUUCAACGAGACGAGCUGGCAUUUCUUCGAGCUGCACGACGACGUCGACUUGGCCGCCACCAUUGCUGUCGGAAGGAGAUAA